AGCGCGCAGGCGCCUUGAAGGAGAUAUUUCAUGUGUUGUACGCACGUCGUGUCCGGUGGAGGUCAUAGACAUCUGAGCGACACUGAGAUUGCUGUGAUGGCCAAGCUGUUUGAGUCUAUUGGGAAGUUGGGGUUGGCCCUCGCCGUUGGUGGAGGUGUUGUGAACUCUGCGCUUUACAAUGUUGAUGCAGGGCACCGGGCUGUGAUAUUUGACAGGUUCAGAGGAGUGCAAGAUAUUGUUGUGGGUGAAGGGACCCACUUCCUCAUUCCCUGGGUUCAGAAACCUAUCAUCUUUGAUUGCCGCUCCCGUCCACGCAACGUGCCUGUCAUCACAGGCAGCAAAGAUCUGCAGAAUGUAAACAUCACAUUGCGUAUCCUCUUCCGGCCGGUAACCAACCAGCUGCCACGCAUCUUCACUAGUAUUGGUGAGGACUAUGAUGAGAGGGUGCUGCCAUCAAUCACCACAGAGGUCUUGAAGGCUGUAGUGGCUCGAUUUGAUGCUGGUGAGCUCAUCACCCAGAGAGAGCUUGUGUCUCGGCAGGUCAGUGAGGACCUAACAGAAAGAGCCUCCACCUUCGGUCUCAUCUUGGAUGAUGUUUCACUGACACACUUGACCUUUGGCAAAGAAUUCACAGAGGCUGUUGAGAUGAAGCAGGUGGCCCAGCAGGAGGCUGAGAGGGCCCGUUUCAUUGUAGAAAAGGCAGAGCAACAGAAGCAGGCGGCGAUCAUUUCAGCCGAGGGAGAUUCCCAGGCUGCCUUGCUCAUUGCCAACUCCCUGAUGGAGGCUGGUGAUGGUCUGGUAGAGCUACGUAAGCUUGAGGCAGCCGAGGAUAUCGCUUUUCAGCUCUCCCGCUCCCGCAACGUCACUUACCUGCCCUCAGGACAGGGCACAUUGCUCCAGUUGCCCCAGUGAUAACAUCUCACCUCAUGUCUACCCCACUUACUGUCACUAGCCCAUUACAAGGGCCAUGGAAGGGGUGGUUGGAGGAUUCAAUAAAGGACUCCCAGCUUCA